CCUUGCGCCAGGUACCUGCGUCCACCUGCAGACGUUCUCCUCUGAAGUCGCGCCGGCAUACUUGAAGCGCAACGGCGUGACAUCUCUGCACUCUUGCCAGGCAACAUGGCUGCCAAGAUCAUCGUGCUCGGCAGUCUGAAUGGCAGCUUUGAGACUGCGUUUAAGAAGCUCGCCGCCUUGCAUGCCAAGCAGGACUUUGCCUUUGCCAUCAUCACCGGCAACCUCUUCAGCCUCGAGCAAGAUGAUGAGGCGCUGACACGCCUCCUCCAAGGCCAAGUGACGGUGCCACUGACGACUUACUUUACAGUUGGCACAUCACCUCUGCCCCAGCGUGUCCUUGAUCGGCUGCAAGGUGAUGAAGACAUCUGCGAGAAUCUUCACUAUCUUGGCAAGCGCAGCGUCACCAAGACUUCGGAUGGCAUCCGCAUUGUAGCCCUUGGUGGUGCGCUCGACACAACGAUUGUCGGAGGCCAGUCCAAGGAGCAGUAUAUGCCGCUGCAUACUGCAGAUGACGCCAAAGCUCUACGUGGCGCGAACAGCACUGACAUCCUGCUGACAGCUUUGUGGCCGGAUCAGGUGUGGAAGAACUCCAAUGCUCCUCUCUCGCCAGACCACCAGGCAUCAGUCGCCAGCUCUGCCGAGGUCGCUAUGCUAUGCGCUGCACUCAAGCCGCGGUAUCAUUUCGCCACGUCGUCAUCAGAGUUUUUCUACGAGCGCGAGCCUUUCUUCCAUCCUCCGCCCAGCACAGACUCGGAUGCGAUCGCCAUCACACGUUUCCUAUCACUGGCUCCAUAUGGUAACACUGCCAAGGCGAAAGCUCUUUACGCUUUCAAUUUGCAAGUUGGCGAGACGGCCACUGCCGUCCCACAGGGUAGUACAGUAUCGCCGUUCAUGACUAGAAGCGCCCUGGGCAAGCGCGGAGCAGGAGCGGCGGAUCAACGGGCAGAUGGUCAUGGCCGUGACGGUGACAAUCGCCGACGUCGCAAAGCACCACGCUCACCGCCGCCCGGCCCAGACCGCUGCUUCUUCUGUCUCAGUAACGCCAACCUAGACACGCACAUGAUUUGCUCCAUUGGCGAAGACGCAUAUGUGACCACUGCCAAGGGACCUUUGCCGGCGUCCGACACUUUCGCCGAGCAGGGGAUCGCAUUCCCAGGUCACCAGCUCAUCAUACCUUUGUCCCACGAGCCGACGAUUCGUGCAAUGGCUGCCGAUGCUGAGAAAACCUAUGCAGAAAUGGCACGCUUCAAGGAGGCACUGCAGGCCAUGGUAUCAGCGCAAUCCAAACACAGUCUAGGAGCUGUCACUUGGGAGAUCAGCCGCCAGGGUGGAAUACACACCCACUGGCAAUUUCUGCCAGUGCCAGCGGAACUGCUGCGCAAGGGCUUGGUCGAGGCAGGCUUCAAGGUCGAGGCCGAGAACCGUAAGUACCCUGCACUGGAAGACACUUCCCUAGGCUCGGGAGUCAGUGAGACAAGCGACUUCUUUCGGGUCUGGCUGUGGUCCGAUGAUAGCGACACCGGCAUCCAAGGCAAAGAACUCGUCAUGCGUCUCGACGACAGCUUCCGGUUUGAUCUCCAGUUUGCUCGGAAGGUCAUGGCAAAGCUCCUCGGACUGGAACAGCGACUCUACUGGCAAGACGUGGUCCAAUCGGUCACGGAGGAGACUGCAGACGUCGAGAAAUUCAAGGAGACAUUCAAGCCUUGGGACUUUACUGUCUGAGGCGAGCAGGCGCGACAGGAGUCAUACAAAGUUUCUGGAGCCAUGUACAACAGGCGUCACGGAAAGCCGGUUAGGCUGCAUUUAUGGAGAUAGCUGGCGUUUGGCGUCUUACAAGAAAAGCAUAAUUGAUUUCACAUGGAGGCUACAACAAACGACCCGUGGUGUCAGUGACAGUAAACAGCUCGAUGAUCGGCAAGGAAGGGCUCGGUGUAAGCACCGCGGGUCGCAGUUCCAGAGUUGAUAUCAGCCCUUCAUAUCAAGUUGCAAGUACUGUCCAAUCAUUGCACUGUCUCGGGGCAAGGCAAGCUGAUGUGCUUCCCAACGAUUAGCAUUCGCGAU